AUGUUGAUACCCAACGUCUUCACAGCUGCCGCCAUUCUUUCCGCCUUGGUUGCUGGAAUUCCUAUCCCAGCAAAUCAUGAACUAAGCCAACAAACCCUCUCAAAAGGAAUCGAUCCAAAAAAGAACCUUGACCUCUCAAAAAGGGCGAGACCGGGUCCAACUACUGCAGCGAAAAAGUUAAUCGUAUACAUCUCCCCCUACGGCCCUGACAAGAAGCAUCCCGAUGAAGUAUAUGCCGAUAUGAUGCGCGAACGGAUGAGACAAAAAGACAUGGAGAGAGAGGCACUGGAGAGAGAGGCACUGGAGAGCCAGAAAUUCAAAAUACCCGACCCCUCCUCGCGGGCUGCAGCAUUCGGACCACCUCCAAGGAAGAACUAA